CGUGCGCCGUGCCUGUUUUGCAUAGGCGCUCGCUCGCUCGCUAGCACACGGCACUUGCCACAACAGCCUGCGUAGGCUACACGGGGAACCUUUGUCUGUGCAUCCAUGUGCCGUGCAACGCAGGUGAGCAGCAUUUGCAACUUCCCUUCGAAGUGCAAAUAGCGCUACGGGCAUCUCAAAAUCAUCAUCAGCAGCAGCAGCGUCGUCAUCGUCGUCCGUCAUCAUCAUCAUCGGCAGCAGCAUCGUAAUCAUCGUCGCCGUCAUCAUCAGCAGCACUGCUCGAGAUCUUCUCCAAAGCUCCGCGGCGCUUGGAGAGGCGUCGCGCUGCGUCGCCACCGCGGUGCAAACGCGGAGCGCGGAGCCGUCACUCGCCCGGAGCCGCUGGCGCGAUCUCGCCCCGCGCGGGCCACGCUCCGUGCACGGCGCGCAGCUUGAAGACCACGCGCGGGCCCGACCAACGCCUUCCAUGGCCCCCUCCACGAACCUCAGCGACGCCUCCUCGCCCAACGCGAGCCGCUCCUGGGCCCAUGAGCUGCAGUGGGAGGAGGACGAGGGCUUCCUGGUGGCCGAAGUCCGCUACGCGUUCAUCGUCGCCUACGCCCUCGUGAGCCUCUUCGGCGUGGCGGGCAACUCCGCGGUGCUGGUCGCCGUGUGGCGCCACCGCGGCCGCUGCUCGGCCAUGAGCGUCCUCGUGGGGAACCUGGCACUGGCCGACGUUCCUCGUGGCGCUGCUUGCCUGGCCGUCAUGGUGUCCACCCUCAUGCUCAUGUCCAUCGCCGCGUUGCGCUGCCGCGUCAUCAGCCGGCCGCUGGCGACGCAGCCGCGCGGCCGCUCGGGGCUGGCGUGGAGCGGGGCCGCGUGGCUGCUGGGCGCCUGCGUGUGCGCGCCCGUGCCGGCCUUCUACGCGCUGCAGGACAUGGGCGAGGCGACGGGGCUGAGCAGCAUGAGGUCGCGGCACGCGUGCGUCGAGUCGUGGCCGCGCGCGGCCGAUCGCGUGUGCUUCUCGGUGGCGCUGCUGGCGCUGCAGUACGUCAUCCCGCUCGCGUGCCUCACCGCGAGCCACACGCGCGUCUGCGUGCGGCUCAGUUCCACCACCGCCGCGGCUGCGGCUGCGGCCGCCGCGGCCGCUACCGCGUCCGCCGCAGCGUCGGUGAUUCCGCAGACGCGCAUCACCCUGGUGGCCGUGUCGGCGCAGGAGAACAGGAUACCGGGCGGCGGCGGCGAUGGCGGUGACCACGACGACGAGGGCGACGAUGACGACGACGAGGGAGCCGGCGGGGCCAAGCGAGGCUGGGAGGGGUUUCUGCAGAAGCGGCAGAGGAGCUGGUGCGGCAGGCGCUUGUCCAGCAUCACGCCGAUGCUGGGCACCAAGAGAUCGAGCGCCGGACGCCAGGGCCCGGUGGGUGCGGCGGUGUCGGCGGCGCCCGUGUCCCGCACCGCCUCCUCCCGUCUCUCCGAGCAGUCCGCCCACUCCAUGCCGGGCAUCUCGGAGAUCUGCUGCGAGGUGGCACCGGCGCUGACCACGACCCCGAUCGGCCCCGAGCGGCUGAGUCUCCACCACCACCACCACCAGCACCACCAGCAGCAGCAGCAGCAGGAGCAGGAUCCGCAGCACGAGCAGUCUCGGGGCCACGAGCAGCAUUGGGCUCGAGCGUCGUCUCGACGCAAGCGCAGGCGUUCUCGCACCGUCUACUGCAAGUCGCUGGCCGUCAUCCUGGCGUUCGCGCUCAGCUGGCUGCCCCUGCACGUGUUCCACCUGGUCACCGACUUCGACGACUCCCUGCUGGACAACGGCGCCUUCAAGCUGGUGUUCUGCACCUGCCACCUGCUAGGCAUGACCUCGUGCUGCCUCAACCCCGUGCUCUACGGGUUCCUCAACAACGGCCUCAAGAAGGAGUUCCUGGCCGCCGUGCGCUGCGCGAGGCCCCGCAAAGCUGCCCGGGUGACGGGCGGUGGCCAGGAUCGCGCAUGA